AGCCAGACAAUUGGAACCCAAAUAUUUCCUUAUCCCUUCCAAAUCCGCAAGCAAAAGCAGAGUCUUCUGUCAAUUGGUCUGAGCCAUGGCGACGGAAAACUGCACCACGGUUUCAUAUUUGGCGCUCGGCGCACGGUUCCACCCUGCUCGAGUCUGCGGAAAACGACGCCUCCGUUCAGAAGUAAAUCCUCCUACUCCAGCGAUAAGCAAACUGGGAGACGAUCUCCUCACAGAAAUUCUGGUUCGCGGUUUCCCGGAUCCUAGAUCCGCCUGCCGGAGCAGAGCCGUAUGCAAGCAAUGGAGAUCCCUGAUUUCCGAUCCCUGCUUCGGUCGCCGCUUCCUUUCUUACCACCAGAGCAUGAACAAACACCCUCCUCCCAAGCUUCUUCACUCGACUGACACGAAAUCUGUCUCACUGAGCUUUAUCCCCUGGCCCGCCGAUUGCGCCUCCAAUAUACAGUUGGAGCUGGCAAGUUUCGCAGUUUUUGAUUGCUUCAAGGACCUGCUUUUAUGUGGCUUUGGGGAACUAGGUUACCGCCAUACUAGUGCUGAACUUGGCAGAACGUACUUGCUGUGCAAUCCGUUUACGAAGCAAUGGAUGGCACUUCCUUUGGCCCCUGAUAGACCAGUGGGGCAUUCGGGAUUGCGUGCAAGAUGCGAAUUCCAUGAAACUAGAUGUGUUCUCUUCGGAGUCUGGAGAAUGGACCAGGGAGGCGUUUGUUCUUGAAGGUUACUGCAGACCCAAACUAAACAAUGUUGUUUCAUGCGAUGGGGUUUUGUAUUUGUCGUAUGUUAGAGCACAAGGCAACCAUGAUGGGUUGUCUGAACCUUUGAUUGCUGCUAUUAAUCCUUUCCGCCUUGAUAUACCUCCAACUCCUAUUGAUGUUUCCCCAGUCUCUGCUAAUAAUCCGUGGUGGGAUAUUUCAAUUUCACAAGGUGCUGUGCACUUGAUUGUGUUUGAGGAGGGCACUAGACCUGCUUCUUCGAGGAUUGUUUUGAGUGUUUGGAGAUUAAACGAAGACUGUAAAUUCUGGAGGAAGGUAUGCGCAGGUCUGGUCAAGUCAUCCUCAGACGGGGAGGGCAGCUAGAGUUCUUCGCUAAACCAGCUCAACAUUGUAGUGGUUGGAGGGUGUUCCAGCCUAAGGUCUCUUGCUGGCCUACUCCAAUUCCAAAGUACCAGAAGUUGCGAGUUAGGUACGAUGGAAUCUUCGACUGUUGGGAUCAGUUUGAUGAACCCGAACCAAUAACUCCCUUGAUAACUGGUACUUAUGUUACUUCGACUUCAGAGAAUUUGCCUUUUGAACAAAUAGAAGAAUGGCCACCCGUUGACGGAGUUGUACAAUCUUGUCAUUCGAAGAAGCUGAAACGAGGGUGAAAGGCUCGCCUCCUCGUCAAGGAAAGGAAGGAUGCCGGAUUUGGAAGGAAAUUCCGAUCUACAAUAGAAGGGUGCAGGAGUUGAUCUACUGGGGCAGUAUUGGUAACUGUUGUUUAUGCACUCCGAGCAUAUUUAAAUUAGUUGGAUUGGUAGUUCUCGUAGAAGGCUCAUUUCAUGUUGCAUUUACGAUUGUAGAAAGUGUGUGAUUGUGUUAAGCCUAUGAAUUUGUUUCUUGAAGGGCGAAGGUUUAGAAUAUAUGAGCCCGGUGAUUGUGUUAAGCCUAUGAAUUUAUUUCUUGAAUAUAUGAUUUUAGGAGUUAAUUGUUAUAAAUGAAUCGUCACUUUUAAUACUCGCAAUGAUGCUCAUCACGCUAUGUUCCUUAUUAGUUAAGGGGAAUUUUGGGUUAAAUGAAAAGGAUCGAAUGAGGAUAAAUGAUAUACUAUGACCGAAGGAUUUCACAACCCCUUAUUUUGGGGAAGGCUUUUCAAAUCCGUCGAAGAAGUAGUAACUUAGAAAUUCAUGAAACAUGUUAUAUGAGUUUACGGUACCUAUUUACUCCAGCAAACAAAGGUUUUUAGCCGGACACUCUUUUUCAGAAUUUUAUGCUUAAAUCUGUCAUCCGCCAUUGAUAUUCAACAGCGGAACCCC